AUGCCGCCGGAGCUGGUGCGGCAGCUGGGCGAGAUGGAGGAGCUCGUGGAGGAGAUCCUCAUCCGCCUCCCGCCGGACGAGCCCGGGAACCUCCUCAGCGCCUCCCUCGCCUGCAAGCCGUGGCGCCGCCUCCUCGCCAGCCGCGGCUUCCGUCGCCGCUACCGCGACUUCCACCGAACGCCUCCAAUGCUCGGCUUCCUCCACAGCUGGCUGUGCACCGAGUUCGUCCCCACCACUGACUUCCGCCCGCGCGAGCCCGAUCUACUGCAAAGUCGUUACUCCGUGGAGGACUGCCGCCACGGCCGCGUCCUCCUCCAGUACUUCGAUAGGGAUGCGAACAUGCCGCUCUUAGUCAUCUGGGAGCCCGUGACGGGCAGCCAGACGGUGCUGCGCUGCCCCGAAAUGCCGGGGACGACCAGCGCUGCCUCGGUGCUCUGUGCCGCGGACGGCUGCAGGCACGGUGACUGCCAUUUCGGUCCAACCCUCGUGGUUUUUGUCAACCUUGACGAGGAAGCCAGGGCCGCUACGGCGUCCGUGUACUCGUCUGAGACGGCUUCACCAUGA